AUAUUCUCUUCGGCAUUGUUUGGAACCACUCACACGUUAUCUGCCAGAGGAGAUGUUUGGUCUGAGCGCCGUGCCGCUGGCUGCUGCUAUUUCACUUUUGUGGAAAAGUUCCAAUUGAAUGAAAAACAGAUUUAAAAUCAGCGGGAACCCCAAAGAUGUCUGGAAACAUCACGCAGGUUGCCUGCGAGAGCAUCAACCUGAACUUUACGCACGCCUUCCUGCCGCCCGUGUUCGUCACUGUGUUCGUCGUCGGGACUCUGUCCAACAUCUGGGGGCUGAGAAGCGUGUGCAGCAGCUGGAACAACAUCGGAAACAUCAACAUCUUCAUGUUCAACCUGGGGGUGGCGGAUCUGUUGUACCUGUUCACCCUGCCCUUCCUCGUGGUCUAUUACGCGCGCAACAGCCACUGGCAGUUCGGCCAGCCUUUCUGCAAGGUGACCCGCUUCUGCUUCAACCUCAACCUCUACGGCAGCAUCGGCUUCCUCACCUGCAUCAGCAUCUACAGGUACCUGGGCAUCGUGCACCCCAUGAAAGUGAUGGGCAAAAUCACCAGCCGCCACUCGCUGGCCAUAAGCGCCCUGGUCUGGAUUCUCGUCAUCAUCCAGAUCCUCCCUGAUAUGUUCUUCGACAAGAAUGCCUCAAUAUCACCAAACUCGUGUUACGACACCACCUCUAACGAGCGGAUCAGCGCCUACUUGCCUUACAGCAUCGCCUGGACCGUUACAGGGUUUGCCAUCCCACUGGUGAUCAUUCUGGUGUGUUACGGACACAUUGUUGUGGUUCUGGCCAGAAAAGCUAACGUCAACGCUGUGCUGAAGCAGCGCUGUCUGAAACUGGUCGUGAUUCUGGUUUUACUUUUCUCCAUCUGUUUUAUCCCCUACCACGUGUUUCGGAAUCUGAACCUGAGUACCAGGAUUUUAAAACAAAAAGAUAUUUGCCACGCCAGCUUCCGCGACAUCUACAUAGCGCAUCAGGUGGGCAGAUGCCUGGCUUGUCUGAACAGCGCAAUAAACCCGCUCAUUUACAUAGUGGGCAACGAUGAUUUCCUCAUGAAGCUUCAUGGCCUCAGCAAGCGGGCCCGGCUGUCUCUGGCCGGCCUCACAGGCGCAGUCAUUUACCGCAAACCGAAGGAGAGAGACGCGGAUUCGUCAUCGGAGACUGCGGUUAACUCUUAACAGUCGGUUCACCCGAGAGACACUUCCGUGCGUUCGAGUCCCUGCAUAUCAAGCACCGCCAGAACUUCCGCGUUUCCGGGAACAAAUUAGAGUAAAGACUGAUGGCCUGUGGCAUCUCUUGUGGCAGCGCCAUCGGUCAGCAGGUCAGCAAGGUGUCAGGGCGUCAUUACCAGAGACUUGUUAUCUGCAGCUGAAGCUCAUGCUCCCAUCUCAUGUACUGCACUGAUUUAUUGCAAGUAUUCAGUAUUGUGCUGUUAAUAUUUUGCACUUUCUGUAUAUUACUGCAGUGGUUCCCACCCUUCUUCCUUCUGCUUUUGGGGGAGGUCACUUUUUUGGGAAAGGGGGUGGCACUAGUUGGAAAGAAACAUUCAUUACUGCAAUGAUGUAGGCCCACUUGCUUUAUGUCAGCAUCUGAUAUAUAAUAAUCAGUUAACGCAUAAUCCAUGAUGAUAAAGAUACAGUAAAAUAGAAAUGCAUUUGCAUAUAUAUGCAUAUGUCAAUGUUUUGGAGACCCCCCAAAAUAUCACAAAGCAAUUUUAUAGUUCGCACCCUGGGACCCGUUUUUAAGUUUUCUAGCACUCUUUAAAAUCAAGAAGGCUUUGCAAGCCCCCCCCUCGUGAAGCUUCCCCCAGGUUGGGAACCACUGUAUUACUGUGUGUGCUUGCAAGCGGAUGUCCUGUGAUGUGAUGGCCUUCCUACUGUACAGUGCAGGAAAAGUCCACUCCAUAUAUUGUGCUUACACAUUGCCAGGGACUUGUUUAUAGCUGAUUUAUUGCACUACCUUUGCAUUGUUACAAGUGAAGCAUUUGGCAGUAGUUUGUAUUUUCCAGGCUUUAUGUAAGCGAGACUUAAUCAAGAGGGUUUGGAAUAAAAGGCACUUAUUUCAUGUCAGAGUGGUCUCUCCACAGUAUUAUAGUGCAGGAUUAUUUAGAUAAAGUGGACACAGCAGCUGUGUAGGUGCUGCGACCUGCAGCCUGAAGGAGUGAUGGGAGAAAUAUCCACUGAAACUCUUCAUUACCAGUCCUGUAUUUAAAGGUUUAUUUAAAUAUAAAUACAGAAGUAUUACCAGAUGUAUCAAGUAUCACAAAUUAAAGUACUCAUUAUGCAGAA